AUGAGCAUCCCGUUUGGAACCGACGUUUGGGUGCCCCUCGACCCCUCACACGCUAUCCUCGGCAACGUCGCCGAUGAGGGGCGUGGGCUCGUCUCCAAGACCGUAGGCGGAACGGACUGGUGGCGUACGACGGAGCGUCACUCGACGAAUGGCCCGACAUUAGGCUUCUGGCGCGAAGUUGGAACGGGGUUUGAGGUCUCCGUCGACAUCGAGAUCGAGCCGAGGGUUCAGUACAGCGACCAAGCGACUCUCUUUGUGUACGUCUCGCCUAACCAGUGGCUGAAGACUGGAAUCGAAUACGACGCCGGGGCGUUGUGGAAUGGUGCAGUCGUGUGCAACCCCUACAGUGACUGGUCCCUGUCUCGGCGAAGGGAAGACGACAGUGCUCGCUUCAAAGUCCAGGUUGCGCCGAACGAGCUCAAGGUCUUCCUUGGCGAUGACAUGAUCCGUGAGGUGAAGUGGUUCGGACCGCCAGAAGUGCACGCCCAGCGCAACCAGAAGAUCUUUGUUGGCAUCAUGGCCUGCAGCCCGAAGGAGGGCGGGGCGGAUGUGAGCUGGGCUAAUUUUGAGAUGAUCGAGGGCUUGCCGAAGUGA